AUGGAUAACUCUGACCUCUUUCAGUUCCUUUCAAACACCAAUGAUUCUUUCUUCCCUGAACCUGCAUCAUCAACCAUGCAACAAAGCUUCUCUGCUUCCUUUUCUUCUUACCCUUUGGAACCAUUUCAUGCACCACCUCUUCAAGAUAAAGCCCUUGCUGCUUUGAGGAACCACAAAGAGGCUGAGAAGAGAAGAAGGGAAAGAAUCAAUGCCCACCUCAAUAAGCUUCGCACUCUCCUUCCUUGUAAUUCCAAGACCGACAAGGCUUCACUCUUGGCCAAGGUGGUCGAAAGGUUGAAGGAGUUGAAGCAACAGAUGUCUGAAAUAACCCAAUGCGAAACGUUUCCUUCAGAGACCGACGAGAUCUCCGUUCUGUCCACCAGCGGUGACGAGAGUGGUGGUGACGGACGAGUCACAUUCAAGGCCUCGUUGUGCUGUGAGGACCGCUCCGGCCUCAUCCCUGAUCUCGUCGAAAUUCUCAAGUCUCUGCACCUCACAACACUCAAAGCCGAAAUCGCAACGCUGGGCGGAAGAACCCGCAACGUCCUCGUGGUGGCCACCGACAAAGAUCACGGCGUUGAAUCGAUCCACUUCCUGCACAGUUCGUUGAACUCUCUGCUGGAACACAACGGCACAUCCAAACGACGCCGUGUCGCGGGACCAAAGUUCAUCGCUUAACUGCCAUAAACCGUUUUGCAGCUGGGACAAGAGAUAGGGUUUGUUUCACCGUGUUGCUCUAUAAAACAAACG